AUGUUGCGUCUGCGCAUCGGGCUCAUCAUGCAAGUGAUUGGCUACAGAACUGCACGCAGUCUACACUGCUCAGCUCGGACACCACGGGGCGCCACCAAGACGGAGCGAACGGCAUUCAGAAAACUCAAGACUGAAAUCAAACAGCUCGAUGACUCCAGACCCAUAAGCAUCUUUACCAGCAGUCAUUCCAUCAGCAGUAAUUUCACAUCCCCACGUUCCACGCGAUGCAGCAGCCCCUCCACUCCCAGUGGGAUCCUGUCUCCGACCGGUACAGGCGACUCACACCUGCAGUGGGAGGAGCGCCAGGGCCAGUGGCUGAGGAGACGCAGAUUAGAUGGGGCCAUUAACCGGGUGCCCAUGGGCUUCUACCAAAAAGUUUGGAAGAUUCUCCAGAAAUGUCACGGCCUCUCUAUUGCCGGAUACGUCUUGCCUUCCUCCACCACCAGUGAGAUGACAGAGGGAGAGAUUAAGUUUGCAGUGCACGUGGAGUCUGUACUGAAUCAUGUCCCGCAGCCAGAGUACAGACAGCUGCUGGUGGAGGCCAUUAUGGUGCUGAUGCUUGUGGCCGACAUGGAGAUUCCCAGUAUUGGUGGAAUUAUUCACAUCGACCGCAUUGUCCACAUGGCCAAUGAUCUCUUUCAGCAGGAUCAGAGAUCCAAUGGAGCAAAUGAGUAUUUCUUGGAGAAAGAUCCUGCCACAGGAAUCUGCAACUUCUUUUAUGACAGUGCUCCUAGCGGCAGCUAUGGUACGAUGACUUAUCUUUCCAAGGCUGUGGUCACAUAUGUUCAAGACUUCCUGCCAAGCAGCAGCUGUCUAAUGCAGUAACGACUGCAGUUCCCAGAAAAUCUGUGACCUUCUGGACUGAUCGUUGAACGGUUUCAUUUAAUCUAACAGUGAGAAGGUUCGGUAGCAAAGGACAAGCAUCCACAGGGAAGCCACUAAAAUAUCACAGGUUUUAAAACAAAAAGACUGUAGGAAAUGGACCACUGUGCUGUUCUGUGUUUGAAGUAUACAAUUAUAUUUAUGAACUUUAAAAUGCAAAUAACUCUAAAAUAAUUAAUAUAUAAUUCUAUAAAAUCUGGACAUUUUAAGUAGUCUAUAUUUUUUGUUUGGUUGGCUAACUAAUGUUAUUUUAUCAUUUUAUGUUCAUAGAAAUGUGUUUUAUUUUAUUUCAAAUUGAAUGUCUAUAUGCCAGUUCUAGUGAUCUUUACUCAGUGUUGUAUUACUGUAAGCUUUGAUACUUGUGUUUUCCUCCUAACAAUAUCUUAUAACUUAUUACAUUAUAAAAGUACUGUGUAAUCUGUUAUUUAAACUGGUUCUUUUUAUUCAAAGAAUCAUACAGUAAACAUACAGACAUUACCAAAUGUAAUACCUCUGAGAAUCAUGUAAAAGAAAAUGAAAUUAUAGUCUGUUCUUUUCAUGUUUCUAACUCAUUGUAAAGCCUAGCUAGUGCAAUUCAAGCACUUUUUUUAUUUUGCACGGGCAAAUUAGACAUUUGAAUCAUUAUUUAGUGAACUGAACAGGUUAAUACAUGGGUGCAUGUUACAAAUCUAUUUUUAUUCAUUUUAUGGGGGGGCAGGUAAUUGAGAAAAUCAAGAUAAAUAUGAUGGAUCAAUUAAUUUCAUUUGCGAAAAAUGUUUUAGGUUUUGUUGUAUGUUUCGAUCUGUGACAUUUGAAAAGCAAAAGGGGCAUUUGGAAUUUUUUUUUUCUUUUUUUUUUCACUCACACCCAUAUGUGUGAGUUUUGGCUGACUGGCUAAUGUUUAUGUAAAAUGAAUACUUUUGAAGGAAGGUACUGUAUUUUAGCCGCCAUUAAGCAUUUGAAUGACAACACAUAAAUUAAAUUGAAUUAUUUAAUUAACCAUGA